AUGGCUAUUCCCUUCAUUGGGAGGCUUCGCCCCUACGAGUAUUUUGCCCUCGUGGGCUCAUUUAUUCUCGUCGGUCUCGAGGCAGUCAUUCGCGUCUUGACGUUGGCAUUGCCCCCAUUUCUCGUUACGCUCUUUUACAGGGCUUCCAGGAGGCUUUUCAACAAGUUCUCUGCUCCUUCCAGGAGAAGAGCAGAGAAUAAACCGAUAUCCACUUCAGUUCGAGAUGCAGCAGACUUUGUCGAGCUAUGUCGCAUCUGGGGUUAUGAGGCAGAGGAACACAUCGCUCAGACCAAGGAUGGAUAUCUUCUAGGUCUUCAUCGACUCCAGUGGAGAAAGGGUGAAGAAGGCCAGAAGGUAAACUACGGACCAACAAGUUUGAAAAAGAAGGUCAUAUACAUGCAUCAUGGCCUUCUCAUGAAUUCAGAGGUUUGGGUAUCUCUUACCGAUGAGCAGCGAUGUCUUCCGUUCGAGCUGGUAGAAAAGGGAUACGAUGUUUGGUUUGGCAACAACCGAGGAAACAAGUACUCCAAGAAAUCAAUUCACCACUCUCCAACUUCUAACGCUUUCUGGGAUUUCUCCAUCGACGAAUUCGCCUUCUAUGACAUCCCAGACAGCAUUAGCUACAUCCUUGAUACCACCCAGCAGGAAAGUCUUUCGUACAUUGGCUUCUCACAGGGUACAGCGCAGGCCUUUGCCAGCUUGGCUAUUCACCCCAAGCUUAACAACCAGGUCAACGUCUUCAUUGCUCUCGCCCCUGCCAUGGCGCCAGCCGGCUUGUCUAGUGGAAUUGUCGACGCGCUUGUCACGGCAUCGCCUUCUGUUUUGUUCCUGCUGUUUGGUCGUCGCUCUAUUCUUAGUUCUGCAACCAUGUGGGAAACCAUUCUAUACCCGCCCAUCUUCAGCAAGCUUAUCGAUAUGGGACUGUCCUUCUUGUUCAACUGGCAAACUCUCAAUAUCUCGGCCAGUCAGAAAUUGGCUGCGUACCCUCAUUUGUACUCAUUCACAAGCACCAAGAGUGUCGUUCAUUGGUUCCAGAUCAUUCGAAACAAAUGUUUUCAGAUGUACGACGACGACGUUCACCAGCCAAUCAGUGUCACCUCGACUAGAAAAUACUCAAAGGUGGCCAAGUACCCGACCCGGAAUAUCAAGACUCCUAUCGUUCUCGUAUACGGAGGCAGUGACUCCUUGGUGGAUAUCAAGGUGAUGCUGAAAGAACUGCCACCUCAGACUGUCGCAACCGAAAUUCCCCACUACGAGCACCUUGAUUUCCUCUGGGCAAGAGACGUGGAUACACAGGUCUUCCAGCACGUCUUUGAUGCGCUUGACAGUUUCACCGACGCUGAGCAUACAAAGGAGGAGUAUGAUCGAUACUAUGUCAGCCGACAAGAGAGUCUACUAGGUUCGGGAUAUGCUUAUGCACGUUCUCAAGCUCACCCAGGUAGCGAGAGCGAGUCUUCAACUCUUACUCCAAGUCUUGAAGGAACAAGCAGCAUCCAGCUCGCGCCCGCCCCUCAACCUCACCGAGCAAGAGAGACUGCAUCCGGAAUCCCAUCGCCAAAGAAUACAACGCGGCACAGGGUGAAUUACUCUAUCGACAAGAUAGGAGACCCGCCAGUGACCCCAACAUUCCAGACCGAACCCGCCGAGCCUCCUGCAGGCCAAGAACAGUCAGAGGAGGGUGUUCAGACUGAACCCACCGAACCGCCUACAGGUCAAGAACAGUUAGAUGAGGGUGUUCGAACUCCUAUAGCGGCAAGGGUCAAGGCUGGUGUUACGCGCAGCGGAAGUGUGGGAAGCAACAUCAGCCUGGACGGCAUGCGAGAAGGUCGAGGCAUCACCAUCGGAGCGAGUAGAGCCAUCGGUGGCGUGGUGACCAAAAGCGGCGCCAGCGGAACCAACGGCGAGGGCAGCCCUGGAAGAGACAGUGGCUCGGAAAAUAAAAAGAACAAGAACAAGUAG